GACGCAGUCACGCAGCAGGACGUUACGUACACAUGGGGACACACCCGUCUACAGUUCACUAAGGAAAAUAGAAAAGAAUGAGACGUGUGAGCUGAGGGCUGAAGUUAUUCUCCACCAAUCUGGAACAGAGUUCCAUUACAGAGACACACUGCAGCAGACAUUACGGAUCCAUAACCAGCUUCAAGAAUUCUAAAGGAUGAAGAACCUUAAACUUCUCAUCCUCUCUCUCUCCAUCUGCCUGUUGCUGGGCAACCUGGGGGUGAGUGGCUACAGUAAUGUCGAACCCUGCCAACGGUCCCGAUGCAAUAACUGCCAUGAAAAGUUCCUAUACCGGCAUGUGCGUCCAAAUACCCCGCUAACGACGGACCGCAACGCGUGGGAGAAGUAUCUACGUGAAAAGAAUGACUGCUCAAGACCCACGCAGUCCUUCCUCCAUCCCAAAGACCGCGAGAGGGUGGACGCGGUCUGCUCCAGCUCUGGGGGAAAGAGGUACCAGGGGAACCUGUGCAUCAGCCAAAGCCCGUUCACAUUUCUAACAGUGAGGAGUGAGACUGGGACCUGCGGUGUGUCCAGCGUGCGGGAAGAGACCAAGCAUUUGAUCCUGGCAUGUGAGGUGCUGGAGAACAGGUGUGUGCCGGUCCACUUCGAGGGGAACCGCAAGGGGAACAAGCCUGACAAUAACGCUGCAGGAUGUGGCAGCACGGAGAAAGGGAAGGGCUUAAGCUUCAAAGUAUCAGGAAUGUGGCUGGCAUCUUCAUUGAUACUCGUGCUUCUCUCACAACUCCUUUUCUGAAUGGGGGGGAGGCAGAUAGUCAAACAAUACAUCAAAAGGAAGUUUGUUUUAAAGUGUCUGUCCUACACUCUAAAAAGAAAAUGUUCCUGGAGUAUCCUUUAGGGGUUCUUCAAAUGUAAUGUGUGGGUGAACCGUUAUGAGUUCUUCAAAGAACCCCUUUUAAUGGAUCCUCAGAGAACUUUUGAAGAACUUUUGGGGUACAUUUUUUGAACGACCCCUCUUCCCUAUUAUUAAUAAAGGUAAUACGCAUAACAAAAACAACAAUAACACAAUAUUUUAUUGUUCUCAGUGUUUAUUACGAUUGUAGUGGCAAAAGCAGAAUAAUCAAAUCUAAAUAUGAGGUAAACUCACAGCACAGCCCCAAGUCCAGUGGAAGUCCAGUGGAAGUCCAGUGGAAGUCCAGUGGAAGUCCAGUGGAAGUAUAUCCUCUAGCGUGUUGAUGUUAUUGUGUUGAUGUUCUCUGUAUCCAUAGCCAGAAUGAGGUGUAUUUCUUUCUGUAAUAAAGCCCUUUUGUUUGGCUGGGCCUGACUCCCCAGUAGGUGGGCCUGACUCCCCAGUAGGUGGGCCUGACUCCCCAGUAGGAGGGCCUGACUCCCCAGUAGGUGGGCCUGAAUCCCCAGUAGGAGGGCCUGACUCCCCAGUAGGAGGGCCUGACUCCCCAGUAGGUGGGCCUGACUCCCCAGUAGGAGGGCCUGACUCCCCAGUAGGUGGGCCUGACUCCCCAGUAGGUGGGCCUGACUCCCCAGUAGGAGGGCCUGACUCCCCAGUAGGUGGGCCUGACUUCCCAGUAGGAGGGCCUGACUCCCCAGUAGGAGGGCCUGACUCCCCAGUAGGAGGGCCUGGCUCCCCAGUAGGAGGGCCUGGUUCCCCAGUAGGAGGGCCUGGCUCCCCAGUAGGUGGGCCUGACUCCCCAGUAGGAGGGCCUGACUCCCCAGUAGGUGGGCCUAUGCCCUCCCUGGCCCACCCAUGGCUGCGCCCCUGCCCAGUCAUGUGAAAUCCA